AUGAUUGAGAAAACUCUCUCUACUAUGCAUGCCAAUAAUGUUGUUCAGCAAGAACAAUAUCGUGAAAGGCGUUGCGAAAAGUUCUGCGACCUAAUUGCCAUCCUUUUGGUUGCAGAACAGAACAAUCAAAUCCUCCUCUCAAUUCAUAAUCAAAGGCCAGCAGGUACCAGCGCAGCAGCAGUUGAAACAAAUGCCACUAGAGGUGGUAAGCGCUGGAAUAAGCGGGGAGGCAACUCAAACUGGAAUGGCCAGUUCAAAAAUAAGGGUAAUGGGGAAAGAAAUGACAAUGGAAGUGGAAGAGGAAGAGGACGAGGACGCCAAAACUGGCGCCCAAAUAGAGGACGCGGAGGAAGAAACUCCCAACAAAGAACACAAGAAAAAUGUUUUAAAUGUGGCAUUCAAGGGCAUUGGGCAAAUGAAUGCCGCACAGCCAAACAUCUUGUGGAUCUAUAUGUGGCCUCUACUAAGGGUCAAGGUAGACGUGGCGAAACAAAUUUAGUCACUGAAACUCCUCCGCUCCCGGACCUCGAUGUAGCUGAUUACCUCAUGGAAGAUAUUUCUAAUGCCUAG